UGCAACUCUCCAAGAUUAUGAGAUAACAGCUGUCGUACGUGAUUGUAGAAUCGUAGUGCAGUCAAGGUGGCUCAUCCAAUCACGCAUAAGGUCACGUGACCGUCCCUGCUGCUCGGCGCGUUCACUCCCGCGCUUGUCUCCGCAGUCCGCAACCCGAACAAACCACCCCACGUCAUACCUCGCACUAUCACGUCGCAAUACAUAUCACUUGUAUCGCAAUCAUGUCCGAAAUCAACUCUCAACCGCCGGACACGAACAUGGAGGUCAAUGAUGAACUAGACCAGACCGUAGACGACGAGAUCAAGCAAGACGCGACACGACUGGAAACCGACGCUAUGAACCUCGACGGCGCAAACGAUGCAGAACCCGCAGCGGUCAACGGCAUGGCAGAUUCGGCUGCCGCGUUUGAGGCGCGCAUACCUGCGAAGAAGGACGCAACAUUACGCGAGUUCCUAGGCAAGAUGGAUGACUAUGCGCCGAUCAUACCCGAUGCAGUGACCAACUACUACUUGACACGCGCCGGCCUGCCACCGCCACCUCAGACAUCACAACACCUCGCACGUCUCCUUGCUCUCGCGACACAGAAGUUCAUCGCGGACAUCGCAGCCGACGCCUACCAGUUCUCUCGCAUCAGGUCAUCCAACACCACAAGUAACAACCCUAUGGGUGGCGUAGGAGGAGCACCGGCAGCAGCAGCGCCUGGUGGUGCGCCUGGUGGCAAGGACAGCGGCUCCAAGGCCAAGGACUACAACCUUGGCAUCCAGCGUCCAGGAUAUGGCGGUGGAGGCCAGGGCGGCAACCAAGGACGCACCGUGCUCACCAUGGAGGACCUGGGCAUGGCAGUAGGCGAAUACGGAGUCAACAUCAAGCGUGGAGAGUUCUACCGCUAGGAUUUUCAGCCAUCGGACAGGAACCCAUGAAACUGGAACACGACGGGAUGUAGUAAUUUGGGACAUCGAUAUGCAUUUCAGGCGUUGGACGGCAUCACAGG